AUGAGUGAGAUGAAAAAAACAAUCAAUGAGAGUUUCAAGGCGAUGGGUCUGCAGGCGACGAAGUUUUCGGUUUCCAAAGUGAUUGAGCUCUUUGAGACACAAAGUUCUCGCCACUCAGUGAUGAUUGUCGGCAAGACGCUGUCGGGCAAAUCGGCUACCUGGAAGGUUCUGCAGUUGACACACCGCAAAAUGAUGGAGGCCGGUCAUGAGGGAUUCCAGCGAGUCUGGGAGUAUCCCAUGAAUCCGAAAGCGGUCUCUCUCGGAGAACUGUAUGGCGAAUUCAAUAUUGCCACAAACGAAUGGAGUGACGGCAUUCUAUCGAGCUUAAUGCGUCAGGCUUGUGCUGAUGAGAAGCCAGACUACAAGUGGAUUCUGUUCGAUGGUCCCGUUGACGCCCUGUGGAUUGAGAGCAUGAACUCCGUCAUGGACGAUAAUAAAAUCCUGACACUCAUCAAUGGUGAGAGAAUCUCCCUGCCAGACCAGGUUUCCCUGUUAUUUGAAGUUGAAGACCUCGCAGUCGCUUCACCGGCCACGGUCUCACGUGCUGGAAUGGUUUAUAACGACGUUAACGACCUCGGGUGGUGGCCAUACGUCAAGUCUUGGUUGGCUGCCAAGGAGCCCAAACUAUUGGCCGACACGUUGUUUAGCCUCUUUGAAAGGGACCUGUCCCAAAUCAUCUCUUUUAUAAUGUCCAUCCACAACAAUCUCUUCGCUGUGAGCGAAAUCAACCUUGUCAUUAGCCUUUGUCGGCUAUUUGACGGUAUCUAUGGUGACGGCAGUGAGGCAGGUUUAACUAUUGCUGUUACUUUUGACAUGUCAGACCCGGACAACUUCACGCGCCUAAUUGAAAUUGUAUUCCGAUUUUGCACGAUCUGGUCGGUGUGUUGUGUGGUUGAUGAAGAUGGGCGUAAAAAAGUCGAUUCCUUUAUUCGGGAACUGGACGGCAGCUUCCCCAACAAGGACUCCGUCUUUGAAUUUGCCGUAGACAUCAAGUCACGCAGUUGGGUGCACUGGGAGGAGCAGCUACGUGGCGGAUGGAAGUAUGGUCCUGACCAACCCUUUUACAAAAUCCUUGUUCCGACAGUCGAUACUGUACGUUACAAUUUCCUGGUGAAUACACUUAUCUCAGCGUUCUCUCCAGUCCUCAUUACGGGGCCCGUUGGAACGGGAAAGACUUCAAUUGCACAAAACGUUCUUUUUAGUCUAAAAAAAGAGUCGUGGUCUUACCUCGUCAUCAACAUGUCUGCACAGACUACAUCUAACAAUGUACAAGGCAUAAUUGAGUCGCGCGUAGAGAAACGAACCAAGGGUACGUAUGUUCCAGUUGGCGGUACCAAGAUGGUAACAUUCAUGGAUGAUUUUAACAUGCCUGCGAAGGACGAAUUUGGAUCUCAACCACCGCUAGAGUUGAUUCGCCAAUGGAUUGACUACGGGUUUUGGUACGACCGCUCUAAGCAGGUGCCCAAGCGAGUACUGAAUAUGUUCCUACUUACUAGCAUGGGCCCACCUGGAGGUGGCCGCAUGCCCAUCUCAAGACGUUUACAAUCACGGUAUAACCGGAUUAAUGUUACUUUCCCGACGGAUGGCAAUUUAAAACAGAUCUUUGCUACCAUGCUAAAUCAGAAACUAUCGGACUUUGAGGAUGAGGUCAAAACAAUAGGCGAUCCGUUAACGGAAGCGUCAAUCACCUUUUAUCACACAAUUGUGGCCAAAUUCCUGCCCACACCAACUCGAAUCCACUAUCUGUUCAAUCUCCGUGACAUUUCAAAGAUUUAUCAGGGCUUACUUAGGGCAAAUAAGGCAAUCAUCGACACGAGGAAUGCCAUGCUGCGGUUGUGGAUCCACGAGUGUUUCCGUGUAUUUGCUGACCGCCUCAUAAACACCCAGGAUGUGACUCAGUUUAUUGAGCUGCUGGAAGAGAAACUUGCCCAAUAUUUUGACCAAACAUUUCACAACCUCUGUCCAUCCCGACGUUCACCCAUAUUUGUGGAUGCCCUGAACAAAGAAAUGAUCUAUGAAGAUAUACAAGAUAAUGAUCGUCUACGAAAGGGCUUGACCGGGUUUCUCGAUGACUACAAUAACACCCCUGGUGUCGUUCAGGUUGAUCUUGUCCUAUUUAGGGAUGCAAUGGAACACACCUGCAAGAUUCUUCGUGUGGUCAGUCAACCACGUGGCAAUAUGCUGCUUGUCGGAGUUGGCGGCAGUGGACGUCAGAGUAUGACUAAACUUGCAAGCCAUAUUUGCCUCUACAAAAUAUUCCAGGUGGAAGUAAAUAGAAACUAUCACAGGGUUGAUUUCUAUGAAGACCUAAAAAGGCUCUACCGUCAGGCAGGUGUUUAUCGUCAACCCACUUUGUUCCUCUUCUCUGAUACCCAGGUGGCAGAAGAGGGGUUCUUAGAGGACAUUAAUAAUUUGUUGAGCUCCGGUGAAGUCCCGAAUCUCUUUAAGCAGGAUGAAAUGGAAGAAAUAUUCAAUUCGAUAUCUGACCAAGCCAAAUUUGAGGGUGUGGAUGAAUCUCCGCAGUCACUUCUCAGAUAUUUCAUUGAACGCGUAAGAGCUAAUCUACACAUCGUCCUAUGCAUGAGUCCCAUUGGCGAUCCAUUUAGAGAUCGUCUACGAAUGUAUCCCGGUUUUGUGAACUGCACUACAAUUGACUGGUUUAGUGAUUGGCCUAACGAUGCUCUAAUGGAGGUGGCUGCCAAGUAUUUGAGUGAUCUUGACCUUUUAAUUGGUGAUGAAACUACAAGGAUGAAGCCUGGCGUGUCUCGAGUAUUCGCCUUAAUGCACGGCUCGGUUUCUAAGAUGUCCGAAACGAUGAUGGGUGAGUUGGGAAGAAGAAAUUACGUCACACCCACAAACUACCUAGAGCUAGUCACUGGUUACAAAAGAAUGCUGGAGGAGAAAAGGAAAGAGAUCAAUGAAUGGGCUGAUAGACUGAAGAGCGGUUUGGGGAAAAUUGACGAAACGCGUGAAAAGGUCGAAGAAAUGUCUGUUGAAUUGGGUGAAGCGAAGGAAAAGGUGGCUGCCUACCAAAAGGAAUGCGAUGACUACUUAAUUAUCUUGGUUGAGCAGAAACGUGAAGCAGAUGAACAGGCAAAGUCUGUGACAAUUACGAAAGAAAAGAUAAAGGUUGAUGAAGUGAAGUGCAUAAAGAUGGCUGAGGUAGCUCAAGCCGACUUGGCCCAGGCGAUGCCCGCUUUGGAGGCCGCUGUCACGGCGUUGGAGGCCCUCAACAAGAAGGAUAUCACAGAAAUCAAAUCCUACGGUCAACCACCCCAUCUCGUUCGAAAGGUCAUGGAGGCUGUGAUGAUCCUGCGUCAAGCGCCUCCCACGUGGGCUGAAGCUAAGAAGCAUUUGGGUGAACAAGACUUCAUCAACCAAUUAGUCAACUUUGACAAGGACCACAUCAGCGACAAAACCCUCAAGAAAAUCACAGCUUACUGUGAACAAGAUGACUUCAUGCCCGACGUUGUCGGAAAGGUGUCGUUUGCGGCCAAAUCUUUGUGUAUGUGGGUCCGUGCUAUGGAAGUCUACGGUCGCGUCUAUCGCUUCGUCGAGCCUAAACGCCAGCGCCUGCUUCAAGCUGAGGCUAUCUUGGCCGAGAAAAGGGCCCAGUUGGCAGCAGCUCAAGAAAAACUUGACGCUCUCAUGGCUGAAAUGGCUCGUCUACAGCAAGAAUAUAACGACAAGAUGGAACAGAAGGAAGAGUUGAGACGAAAGGCGGAGACUCUCGAGAAAAUGCUAGAAAGAGCUCAGAUGCUUGUAGACGGUUUGGCUGGUGAGAAGGUGCGUUGGACACAGACGGUGGCUGAUUUGGAACGGAGACUUGGCCUUUUACCAGGAGACUGUCUUCUCUCAGCUGGAUUCAUUUCUUACAUGGGUCCCUUCUUAACUAAAUACCGCGAGGAAUUAGUCAAGUCUUGGAUCUCGGCAGUCCGUGAGUGGAAUCUCCAAGGGCUUCCUCGCGACUCUUUUUCGGUGGAGAAUGGCGUUAUUGUCAGCAAGGCCUCCCGAUGGCCCUUGAUGAUUGAUCCACAGUGCCAAGCCAUGAAAUGGAUCAAGUCAAUGGAGGGUAACGAGCUUCAGGUGAUCGAUUUACAAAUGAAGAACUACAUGCGAAUUCUCGAGCAGGCCAUCCCCAACGGGUCACCGGUCCUCCUACAGAACAUCCUUGAAGUUCUUGAUCCAGGUUUAGACCCGAUUUUCAACAAGUCGACGAUAAAAGUUGGAGAAACUGAAGUAAUGAGAUUAGGUGACAAGGAAAUUGAAUACAACAGCAAUUUCAGGCUAGUCUUAUGUCUAAAAUUGUUCUAUGUGACGACAAAAUUGUCGAAUCCGCACUAUACACCGGAGGUCUGCACGAAAACCACUAUAGUCAACUUUGCCGUCGUGCAAGAAGGUCUUGAAGCCCAGUUACUUGGAAUAGUUGUGAGAAAAGAGAAGCCUGAGUUAGAGGAACAAAAAGAUAAUCUCGUCAUGGGCAUCGCCAAUGGCAAAAAAAAAUUAAAGGAACUUGAGAAUGAACUCCUAUAUCUGCUGAACGCAACUCAGGGCUCCCUGCUGGAGGAUGAAAACCUCUUCGUGACUCUUCAGACCUCAAAAGCCACUUCUGCGGAGGUCACUGAGUUCUUGAUGAUUUCAGAAAAGACAGAACUGCAAAUUGACACGGCUCGUGAAGGUUACCGACCAUGCUCAAAAAGGGCGUCGAUUCUAUUUUUUGUCCUCAAUGAUCUCAGUUCCAUCGAUCCUAUGUACCAGUUCGCUUUGGAUGCUUACAUUGACGUUUUUAACAUCAGUAUCGAGAAGAGCCAGCGUUCUCCAAGACUGACAGAGCGAAUAGAAAACUUGAACGACUACCACACCUAUGCUGUUUACCGGUACACUUGCCGUGGUCUGUUUGAAAGACAUAAAUUACUCUUUGCAUUCCUAAUUUGCAUGAAAAUCCUCGAGGAGACGGGCAAACUCAAUCUGGACGAGUACCUAUUCUUCCUACGAGGAGGUAUUGUUCUCGAUAGGGCUCACCAGAUGGACAACCCGGCCUCCUCCUGGCUCUCAGAUCUCGCAUGGGAUAACAUGACUGAAUUAAACAAACUAGCCAACUACCGUGGUAUCGUAACGUCAUUUGAGCAGUACACAAAAGAUUGGCACAACUGGUACAUCUCGGAUGAGCCAGAGAAUACUCAACUUCCAGCUGAGUGGGAAGGAUCUACGAAUGAGUUCCAGCGUAUGCUAAUUGUGCGCUCUCUGAGGCCUGAUCGUGUGACGUUCUGUGCUACAAAAUUCAUUGUCAACAACAUUGGGAAGCAGUUUGUUGAACCACCGGUUCUUGAUAUGAGAGGCGUCGUGGAAGACAGCUCAGCUAGAAGUCCUCUUAUCUUUGUGCUGUCACCCGGUGUGGAUCCGACAGCAGGCUUGUUGCAAAUGGCCGAGGCUUGUGGAAUGGGCAAACGUUUCAACGCUCUUUCUCUGGGUCAGGGACAGGCCCCAAUAGCUACUCGGCUAAUAGAAGAAGGCAUGCGAGAUGGAAACUGGGUGUUCCUCGCCAACUGCCACCUUUCGCUCUCUUGGAUGCCGCAACUGGACAAGCUGGUGGAGCUAAUGGGGAGGGAGCAAACGCAUUCUGAGUUUCGCCUCUGGCUCUCUUCUAGUCCUACCCCACACUUCCCCAUCUCAAUUUUGCAAGCUGGUAUCAAAAUGACGACUGAGCCACCGAAAGGUCUUCGUGCCAAUAUGAAGCGACUUUACAAUAUCAUCAAGGAGGACCAGUUUUCCGCCUGUACCAAACCCGAGAAAUACAAGAAGCUCCUCUUCUGUAUCUGUUUCUUCCACUCCAUUUUAAUUGAACGCCGAAAAUUCCGCAUGUUGGGAUGGAAUGUAACAUACGAAUUCAAUGACGCUGAUUUCGAAGUCUCGGAAAAUAUUUUAACUACUUUCCUUGAUCAGUAUCAGGAGACACCAUGGGAUGCAUUGCGUUAUCUCAUUGCAGGCAUUAACUAUGGUGGACACGUCACCGAUGAAUGGGAUCGUCGUCUUCUAACAACUUAUAUCAAUACCUUUUUCACAGAGAACGUAAUCAGUGAACCCUUUUUCAAGCUGUCCCCUCUACCCCACUACUACAUUCCAAAGGAUGGUAGUCUCAGUGCAUACCGGGAGUUUAUUUCAUUGCUGCCAAACAUUGACCACCCAGAGGCCUUUGGCCAGCAUCUUAAUGCUGAUGUUGCUUCCCAAAUCCAAGAAGCAAAGAUUCUCUUUGAUGCACUACUGUCAGUGCAGCCUAAAAUGUCUUCGGCUAGUGGAGAAUCAGACGAAUCGAAGGUUUUGACGUUAAUUAAAAAAAUGAAGGAGCAAGUGCCUGAGAACUUGGACUAUGCAGGCACGGCAAAAAUAUUUAGCAACGAUCACUCUCCGUUGAAGGUUGUCUUGCUUCAAGAGAUUCAACGAUACAACGCUUUACUGGAAUUGAUCCGCAACCAACUGGUUGACCUUGAAAAAGGUAUUCAAGGCCUUGUCGUUAUGUCUUCUGAGCUGGAUGAAAUCUCUGGAGCCAUCUACGAAAACCGAGUACCUACUCAGUGGCAAUAUGCUUACAACUCUCUACGGCCACUGAGCUCUUGGGUGCGUGACCUUGCAGAGAGGACCAAGAUGUUUAAGCAAUGGUCUCAGACAGCGAAGCCACCGAAAACCUUCUGGAUUGGCGCCUUCACCUUCCCAACAGGUUUCUUGACUGCCGUUAUGCAGAUAGCAGCUCGGACUCAUGGCGCCGGUGUAGACACGCUAAGUUGGGACUUUAACGUACUUACGAUUUCUGAACAGAAUAUUGCUUCUGCACCAAAAGAAGGAGUGUACGUCAGUGGUCUCUUCUUGGAAGGAGCCGGCUGGGACAUGAAAAACCAGUGCCUCAUUGAAGCUGCCCCCAUGAUGCUGGUCUGCAGUAUUCCGGUCAUACACUUUAAAGCGAUAGAAAAUAAAAAGAAGGUGGCCAAGUCAACCUACAUUUGCCCUUGCUACUACUAUCAAAACAGAGCAGGCACCCCUGAUAAGCCGUCGUUUAUGAUUGGCGUUGAAUUAAAGACAGGUGAGGUUCCUCCCGAACAUUGGAUUAAACGAGGAACUGCUUUACUAAUGAGUCUUGAUAAUUAG